UGCAGGACAUCUGCUGUCGACAAGGAGCCGCUCACACCGCAACACAAGCCUUGCAACUCCGCAAGCAACUCACAACAAGCUUGAUCAUCGAAGAGAAAUAUACAGUUUUUCUUUUACAUAUUUCAGGAAUAUAACUUCAUUUUCUUUAAUUUCCCAGAAGGUACAGCGGAGCUUUAAGUGGGACUUAUAAGGAGGGAUCUUGGCUCCUGCAGCCAUUUCUCCUGCAGGGCUGAGCUCUUUGGCUGGUUUGCCACUUCCUUAGCAGAGGGGCUGCUGGCAGGGACAACAUCUGAGCAGGUCAUGAAACCUCAAGAGGCAGAGCUUGUAGCUGAAAUCUCUAAGUUACAAUGCAUGGUCACAGAGCUGAAAACAGGCUUUACCAGCGCUCUGCUGGAGCUCAAUCAAAUCCAGCAUGGAGACAUACACCUGAGGGAGGAACUGGAGGAGAACAGAAGGACCUGUCAGAAAAAAGCUCUUCGGCUGGAGACUCUGGUUGAGUCAUUGAGGGAAGAACUCGGUGUGAUGAGGUGUCACAUCAUGCAGAUGUACAGCAACAGACACGGCAGGCCUCAGCAGGAUGGAAAGAACACAUCUAAACAGAGACAAAGCGAUCCAGCAGAGCCAGUUGGUGAACAGAGUCCGUGUGAUUGUUCGGCUGCGCUCCCUGCCUGUCUGUCCAGAGGAAAGCUGCUCCUUCACUGUUUCCUACAGGGUCUCAAAGCUGGGCUGAGCGAAGGCACAGAUGCUCGACAUCAGGUCGCGAUGCAGCUCCUCCACUCUGAGUGGGAGUAUGUGUCAACUUUAAACCAGCUGUAUGACAAGUACAAGACGCCGCCAGCCCACCAGAUGACACUAGAGCCAUACCAGACGUAUGUGAAGUUUGUGGAGCAGCUUCUGCAGCGACAUGUGCUCUUCAGAAACACCCUGCAGGAGCGCUUAUCUGCUGAACACUGGAAAUCAUUAGUUGGAGAUAUCUUGGUGCAGCUCAUUGGUCAAAAUGACGCAGCUUUCUCUGAUAUGUAUCUUGGAUACACAACUACCCUGGCAUCAUUCCUCUCACUGGAGUUCAACAGACUGAAUCAGUCAGAGAAAAGAAACAAAAUGCAGAGCGGGCAGAUGGAGAGGGAGGAAAUGAAACUGCUGUCCUUGCUGUUGGCGCCGGUUGCUCGCAUACACAGCUACCUGAGUCACAUUCAGAACCUGUUGCAGUGGACUGGGAAAGAACAUCCUGACUGCAGCCUCUUGUUGGGAACCGAGCGAGCUCUGAGGACCAUUUUGUCUCGCUGUCAUGUGACCCUGGAGGAAGAUGUUCGAUGGGAGGAAGAAGGACCAGGACAAAGCAGCUCUUGUGAGGCUGAAGCUGGUGCAUCCACAGCAAAUUGUUGCAUGAGGAGCCAGCAAGCAAGAGAUGAGUUAAACACUGCUGCGCCAAGAGAUGCUCAGCAGACUGUUCACCUCACAAACGGGGUGGACGGCUGCCACUCAAUGCGUCUAGAGUGCUGGUCCUGCAGCCCAGUGAGGAGGAAAGGCUGCAGAGGAGACCAGGUUGCCCAGAGCCAGCCAAUCCAUGACUGUGGACAUGCAUAUUGCUCCCUACUUAACCCCGAUUCUGCAGCCUGGGGAGAAACCAGUGACUCUGGUCAGGGUACCUUCAGCCAGCCCACAGGGCAAUGCACCAAUGAGCUGGAGGGACCUCAUACAAACCACAGCAUUGAGGACUGCGAGACGGACCCCGAUGACACCUCUGCCUUUGACUACUCCUCCGUCACCUCCUGCAGCCCUGAUGGCACCCUGUGCAGGGAGAUGGAGAGCAACAGUGGGGAAGAUGAAGAGGACAGUCAGGUGCCGGUGCUGCUAAAGCCCUCAUACAGCCAACAGCAGCAGUCCAAAGAGGCACCAAGGGAGAGGACUGUGUGUCUGAGGUGGCAAAUACCUAGAUUAACCCCUCAUCCUCCUCUUAGGAACUUCACAGCGCCGUAUGCGGACGGGCCUACACCAUGUCUCGUUAACUCCUUCAACAAGAGACUAGUCAGCGUCAGGAAAGGAUCGCCACCUCUGCAUCCGAAAAGUGCCUUCAGGCCCAUCUGGGACGAUCCAUCUAAGCAGCAGGCUGAUUCAGCUCCAGAAAAGGACAAUAGACAAGGUUUCAUACCAAUUCAAGCUCCAAUGAGGCAAAACUUUCAGAGUUUCAACUCCAGCAGGGAAAAUCUGAGGCCGGUUCUGGCUCAGCAGAGAGCAAACCACGUAGUAGCUGCGAGCAGUGGAGGACUGUGGGACAGUGAAGACAGUGAAGGACCUUGCAGCACUGUUUGACUUCUCCCUAAAGACAUGAUAGGAAUUAUAAAUAACUGAAGCACAUAAAAGUUUGGAGUUACAUCAAAACCUGAUCGCAAGUUGAAUUUCUGUCAUGGCCACAACAGCCAUGUACUGGUGGAAACCAGCAGAUGUUAUAAAAUUACGAUUAUACAUGCAGACUGGACAGCAUUAAACAAAGAUUAAUUGAACACAAAAUUAAAACACUAUGGAGGACGGAAAUAACACAAUUCAGAAAUAAUUAGAAAGAAAUGUAUUAUUAAAUUUACAAAAAGUAAUUAUAUAUUUUUUCAUUUCUACA